UUUAAAUAAUCUCACAAUAAAAAAAAUAUAUACAUUAUUGUUACAUGUCAUGUCCAUAAGGUUUGGUCAAAGUAUUCGAAAUCAUAUUGCCUGUUAUCUUAAUCAUUUAUGAUAAGGUUAGGUUGCGUUGACUCUAACGGCAUUCACGUACUUGGAUCCAUACAAUGUGUCAAAUUGACACGGAUUUGUUGACAUGUGCCUUUGUACUUAUCUAACCAUACAUUAAUAUAAACAUCUUAACGAAUAUGGGCUACGUAUACUUUCGUUCAAAUCUACGUGAAACUCCAACCCCAGAAAAGUGUAUUCCAAUACCAAGGCAUAAUACAACAUUACUAACUGAUAUUUAUGCGGGUAUUCCUGAAAAUUUGAUGCUAAAUUUUUUUGGAUUUUUGUUCCUUGUUAUUUUAUUUGGUUUAUUACGCAAGAAGGCAUGGAAUUAUGGACGUCUUGCAUUGUUGAACAAAACAGAUGAAAGAUGGAUGGAAUUAUUCUAUGGAGCCAAUGAAAAUAGAGAUACAGACGCGAUAUGUGUUGAAACUUCUGUUAAUUCACAACUUUCACAAGUGGACAGAGGCUUUUUAUCAUGGAUCGUUACUGCAUUUAAAGUAACCGAUGAGGAAUUGUUAAAACGAGCUGGACCGGAUGGUUUGCUGUAUAUAUCUUUUCAACGUCAUUUAAUUAUGUUAACAUGCUUAAUGGUUAUUUUAUCACUGUGUAUAGCAUUGCCAAUUAAUUUUCAUGGAAAUAUGCAAGGUGAUAAGGCAACAUUUGGUCAUACUACAUUGUCAAACUUAGAUCCAAUGUCUCCCUGGAUUUGGAUGCAUACAAUAUUAAUCUUAUCGUACUUGCCGGUCGGUAGUUAUGUUAUGAGGCAUUUCUUAAAAAAGGUACACGAUUCAAAACACUGCGGUGAAUUAGCAGCUAGAACAUUAUUAAUUACAGAAAUACCAAAGCAUCAGUGUAAUGUAGAGGCUCUUACCGAAUACUUCGAAGAAGCAUUUCCUACUUUAACAGUGGAAGAUGUUACAUUAGCUUAUGAUAUUAGACAGCUUUCAGCACUGGAUAUAGAAAGAGAUUGCGCUGAACAAGCGCGUUUAUAUUGUGAGAACUAUGCAAAAAAAAGAGAACCAUUAAAGAUGUAUCCAUAUCCCUGUGGUCAAGUAAUCGGUUGUUGUUGUAAAAAUCAAAUCGAUGCUCAAGAAUUUUAUAUGAACGAAGAAAUGCGAUUAUCAGCAUUAGUCGAAGAAGAAAAGAAAGCAGCGUUAAAUAGACCUCUCGGAGUAGCUUUUGUAACUUUAGGUACACCCGGUGCAGCUGUAGCUAUGCGUAAACAGUUGUGUUUAUUGCCUAGUAUAAAGUGGGUCGUAGAUUAUGCACCGACACCAUCUGAUAUCUUUUGGGAAAAUUUAAGUAUACCAAGACCAUGUUGGUAUUUCAAUGCUGUUUUGAUUAACUUUGCACUGGGCAUUGUAUUAUUUUUUCUUACUACACCAGCUGUGAUAGUGUCGGCUUUGAAUAAAUUACCGAUCACUGGAGAAAUUAUGAAUCUUAGUCCGAUAGUUUCAGCCUUCCUUCCAACUGUAUUACUAGUUAGCGUGGCUGCUUUAAUGCCUGUAUUAGUAGCAAGAAGCGAAUCGUUAGUUAGACAUUGGACUAGAAGUAGUCUAAAUCGGGCAGUAAUGACAAAAACAUUACUUCUUUUAUUAUUGAUGGUUCUCAUAUUACCAAGCUUGGGUCUAACUAGUGCUCAAGCAUUUUUAGAGUGGACCGUAAAUGCGGCAAAUGACACUGGAAGAUGGGAUUGUGUCUUCUUACCGGAUCAGGGUGCUUUAUUUGUAAACUACGUAAUUACGGCAGCCUUAUUUGGAAGUGGAUUGGAAUUAGUCAGAUUUCCUGAACUAGCGUUAUAUACCUUCAGAUUAUGCAUAGCUCGAAGUAGAGCGGAAAGAAUACAUGUCAGAAAGGCAGUAUUAUGGGAAUUUCCUUUGGGUGCUCAUUAUGCUUGGUUACUAUUAGUUUUUACUAUGACAACCGUUUACAGUUUAGCUUGUCCGUUAAUCACACCUUUUGGACUGUUGUAUCUUGUAGUGAAACAUCUUGUGGACAGGCACAAUUUAUGCUUCGCCUACGGACCAAGUAUCGGCGGUGGCCAGUUAGCAGGUGCAGCAGCAAGUGCUACUGGAGCCGCUCCAAUUUUGGCACAAGCUGCACUAUUAGCUUUAGGUUUAGUAAGAAGAGGAUUAUCACCUUUAGCUGCGGUACAACUUAGUGGUCUUGCUGCAAGUAUUUUAGGUCUUGUCACUGGUGCUACUUUACCCGCAUCGAAGUCUAAGAGCCAAGCCCUGAAAAGAGACUUGUCGGCUGGUCAAAAUUUUGUUGCACCUGUAUUAAGAAAGAAGCAAAUUUCAUUGGAAGAAACCAUAUCCACAGCCUCAAAUUCGGAUCGUAAUUUAGUAACUUUAAGAAGUCCUAGUACUUCUUCGAUACAGGAAAGUCCAAAACUUUAUCAAAAUUACGGUAAAGAAUCACAGGCAUAAUAGCUUUUCGAAUCGUGUACUACAAGACGUAAUGUAUUACCAUAUAUGUAUUUCUAUAUAAAUAUGGUAAACGAUACUCUGAAUGCUGACUAAUGAAAUAUAUCAUAAAUUGUCAUAUCGUACAUGUAAGUACGAUGAUAACAACUCUUUAUAAAUAAAAAUCAAUUUAUUUGUAACGAGUUAAAAUGUAAGAUAAAGGCUAGUAUAAUGAAAGUAUUUAAAAAUUGCAACUUGCGACUUACAAAUACGAAAAAAUGUUGAGAUUAUAUUGCCUUGUGUAACAAAAUAGCUUCUCAUUAUUAGUGGAAAAAGAAAAACGUAAAUUGUUAUAUUUGAAUAAUAACAUAAUAAUAAUAAUAAUAAUCACUUGUGCGUUUUAACUUAUCUUUUUUUAUCUAUUAUACUUACAGUUAUUGAAUUCUAAAUGUUUAAUUAAAAAAUCUAAAGUUGUAUUCAAUCUUUCUCGCGGAUUUUCGCUAAUGAAUAAUUCAUCGUUUUCUUCAUUAUACAUCUAUAAUGUUUACAUAUAUGCAAGCUUCAAGGAAACAAUUUUUCUACUGUAUAUCUAUACCGAUUUCUUUUAAACAAAUUAAUGUAUAAAAUUCAAUCAGUAUGUAAAAUAAUUUUACCAUAUCCUUGUAAAAUAUUUGAUAAAGAUAUUUUUUAAUUGAUAUCUUAACAGUAAAUACUCUUAAAAGAGAGUAUGCAUGCAUCGUCUACACAAGCGUAUUGUGGCACCGAGCAGCAUAUCCAGUGGUCUUAUAUUCAAUAUACUCUUCGACCUUUGACGUUAUCACUUGCUUCCUCUAUUCAUAUAUUCUUGUCCACCGUGUAUACGACCAUCGAGUUGGAAGUAAGAACAGGUAUGGUCUCUCAUUGAACCAAUAACAAUAACAUUUACUAUGAUUCAAAAAUAUAAUUAUUUCAUUUUCUAAUCAAAUUGUUUGUCUCUAUGAAUAAAACUUUCAAAGCAAAACAAAUGAUUUAAAUGACAUAAAGAUAAAUUAUACAAAGCAAAUAUUAGUAAAUAUUUAAAAGUUGAUUCGUGUAAGCGUUAAAAUCAAUUUUGCCAAGGCACUAAAUUCUUGUAACUUUAACUUAAAUAUUUUCAUAUAAAAACAAAAUAAAUAACUUGUACGCGGUGUAUGUACAUAUAACAAGCACAUACUUUGACUCAGAAUUAUUUUAUUUAUUGGCAAACAAAAACAUUCCAUGUCAAUCCGAUUAGAUAAAUAACGGUGACAUGUGUUUCCUCAUUUCUAAAAGUUGUUUGGCGUCAGGUCAUCGAAUGUAUCCGCUAUAAAAUCAUACUCGUUUCGCUUUGAAAAUAAUUCAUCUGUACACAUAAA